AUGUCAUUGAAUAAAGUUAUUAUUAUUAUUGGUGCAAGUUCUGGUAUUGGUGCUGGUCUAGCUCGUUAUAUAUCAAAUGAUGCUAAAAAUCAAUUGAAAAAAAUUGGUUUAGUACUUGUUGCACGACGUGAAAAUGAACUCAAUCAAGCAGCUAAUAAUGCUAAAAAUGAUUAUUGUUCAACUCUUGUUAUUCCAGCUGAUGUUACAAAACGUGAAAAUGUUGAAAAAAUUUUUCAAGAAACUAAAUUGAAAUUUAAUAAAAUUUCCUGUUGGAUUAAUAAUGUUGGUUUAGGUAUAUCACGAUCAGUACUUGAUUUAACUGAUGAUGAUAUUGAUAUAAUGAUUCGUGUUAAUGUUAAAACAGCAUUAUAUGGAAUGCAAAUAAUUAUACCAUAUUUUCGUCAACAAGGCUAUGGUCAUUUAAUAAAUAUUUCAUCUAUUCUUGGACGAGUACCUUAUACAACAUUUCGUUCAAUGUAUAGUGCUUCAAAAGCUACUCUCAAUUCAUUAACAACAAAUCUUCGUAUGGAAUUACAAGCUGAUCCAUGUUGUGAAAAAAUUCAUGUUACAACAAUUCUACCUGGUAUGGUAGCAACUGAUUUUGCAAUGAAUGUAAUUGGUGAUUCUGUACCAAAAUCAUUAACUGAUUAUAAAAUUCCAUUUAUUGGACCUUUUCCUCGAACUUCUCAAACUAUUGAUGAUGUUUGUAAAAUUAUAUGUGAUGUAAUUAAUAAUGAACAUCCACCAAGAGAAGUUUAUACAAAUCCAGAACAUGAACCAUUAAUUAAACAAUAUUUUGAAAAUGUAGGCAAUUUUGAACUUCUUCUUAAACCACCAUCUUAA